AAGAAAACAUUAACUAGUGGAUAGUAAAAACAAUAUAUAAAUAAUUAUAACAAUGUCAUUAAGAUUAAUUCCAGAUAAUAAUCAAGUAUCAUCUAUUAGUACAACUACAUUUGGAGAAGCCGCAGCUUCAGCACCAGGAUUACAAGAUAUAUUAAAAACAGGAGAAGGACCAUUAAAUUUAGCAUCUAAAGUAAAUAAUCGUCAUCCAUUAGAAGGUAGAAUAAGUAAUUGGGAACAAACACAAUAUGAAACUAGACUUGAAACUUAUAGAAGAGUAUUUGGAGCUGGAGAACCUAUAAAGAGAACUAUGGAAUUACAAAUAAUUGAAUCGACUGAUUUUAAACCAAGUUUAUUAGGAGGAUCUGAUCCUUUACAUAAAGAUAUACUUUUAAAUAGAGAUUCAAGUGUUACAUGGGAAGAUAUAUAUAAGGGAGGAUUUGAAAGUGGGAAUAAUGUUAAAGAUUUCCACUCAGAAUUAGAAAAUAAGGUUGGUAUUUAGACCAGAACUGAUUGAAUUUCCCCUAAGUAGAAAUACAUACAUAUAACAUACAUAUAAUACAAUAUUCAAUUCAGGUUAUCAGUAACACCUCUCUCUCUCUCCCCUUAACUUGCACAAAGCUAAAGCAUUCCUCACUAUUUCGUCGUUAUUUUACUGACG